AUGGCGGAUGAGAAGAACUGUGGACGUUUGAGUGAUGCGAGCGAUUACUCGUCGGAGGAUGAAGGAACAGAGGAUUACAGGAGAGGAGGCUACCAUGCGGUGAGAGUGGGAGAUACUUUCAAGAAUGGAUCUUAUGUGAUUCAGAGUAAGCUUGGUUGGGGUCACUUCUCCACUGUUUGGCUCGCUUGGGACACUCUUCAAUCCCGUUAUGUAGCUUUGAAAAUCCAGAAGAGCGCUCAGCACUACACUGAAGCAGCCAUGGACGAGAUCAAAAUCUUGAAACAGAUUGCGGAAGGUGACGCUGAAGACAAGAAGUGUGUUGUCAAGCUACUUGAUCAUUUCAAGCACGCUGGUCCCAACGGGCAGCAUGUGUGCAUGGUCUUUGAAUAUUUGGGAGAUAACCUCUUGUCUGUGAUCAAGUACAGCGACUACCGUGGUGUUCCUCUCAACAUGGUUAAAGAGCUUUGUUUCCAUAUCUUAGUUGGUUUGGAUUAUCUUCACCGCGAGCUUUCCAUUAUUCAUACCGAUAUCAAGCCGGAGAACAUUCUGCUAUGUUCCACCAUCAACCCUGAGGCAGAUGCGAGGAAAACCGGUGCUCCUCUUGUUCUUCCAAUUGCUAAAGACAAGGCUGUUGCAGAGAUGGAGAAACCGAAGAGUUACACGUACAGUGCGGAUAUGACUAAGAAUCAGAAGAAGAAGAUCCGUAAGAAAGCUAAGAAGGUAGUGGUGGAAGGAUGUGGUGGAGAGGAAGGUUCGGAGGAAAGUGAGAGAGCUUCUAACUCCGAGGCAAGACCAAACGGAAACUCAACUGUGGAGGGUGGUUCAGAAGGGAGUUCUGAAAAGGCAAAAGAGGCAGAGAAUGUCAGCGAAAAGAGUCGGGGGAAUAGGAGAGGAAGUCGAGUCACUAGGCAGAAGUUGCUUGCGGAUGUUGACCGGAAAUGCAAGUUGGUUGAUUUUGGGAAUGCUUGUUGGACUUAUAAGCAGUUCACGAGUGAUAUUCAGACGAGGCAGUAUCGAUGUCCUGAGGUUAUUCUUGGCUCAAAAUACUCGACUUCAGCGGAUAUGUGGUCUUUUGCUUGUAUUUGUUUUGAGCUUGCCACUGGAGAUGUUCUGUUUGAUCCUCACAGUGGUGAAAACUAUGAGAGGGAUGAGGAUCACUUGGCAUUGAUGAUGGAGCUUCUUGGUGUGAUGCCACGAAAGAUUGCAUUAGGAGGACGCUACUCGCGGGAUUACUUCAACCGUCAGGGUGAACUAAGGCACAUUAGGCGGUUGCGGUUUUGGCCACUGAGCAAAGUUUUAAUGGAGAAGUAUGAGUUCAGCGAGGAAGACGCAGUUGCUAUGCAAGAUUUCAUCACUCCCAUUCUUGCAUUUGCACCUGAGAAGAGACCAACAGCUGCUCAGUGCCUAACGCACCCGUGGUUAAAUCCUGUCCCUAAAUCACUUAAACCAGCAUCUAGUCCACAAAAACUCAAGGAAGAGGGAGAAGCAAAAGAUGAGAGUAAAGCCAAGGAAAAGGAUGAGAGGGAAGCCAUGGAGGUUGGUGUUGGGAAUAUAGCCAUUGAUGGCUCAGAGGCAAAGGCCUCAGGGAGAGCAGGUCGUCAAUCUGCUCGUGAUCUUCGCACUUGA